CCUUUCUCACAGCCCUUUCCUAGGCUCAGGCUCCACCAAAGCCCCUUUCUCACAGCCCUUUCCUAGGCUGGAUGUCCUGGAGCUGCUCCUGACUCUGCCCAUCGACUGUCCAACCAACAGUACAACCCCCACAGGCUGAUUUUCUCCUAAUCCUCCUUGCCCAGGAUGUGUUAAAUCAGACAUUUUGCAGGAUGCUGGGGAGGUGGUGAAAUGCAGAGGCAGCUGCCAGUCUUCAUCCUCAUUCUCAUCCUUAUCCUCAUCCAGACUUCCCCAAAGCCCAGAGUGGUUGAGUGUCCCUGCUCUAAGGGAAGUCAGCCACAUCCUGGUUGAGCAUUGUUUCCUCUCACAUGUUCUGCAUUUCCUGCUGCUCUCUUCCCCUCUUCAGCUUGGAAAUCUGCUCCCAUGUGAGCUGGCACCAUGGAAGUGGGAAUAUUGCUGGAAAAGCAGGAUGUGCAAUGGGUCCUGCUAGAGUGGGGGUACCUGAGAGGGGGCAGGUGGUGACCCAGGUGGGUUUUUGCUCUGGGAAGUUCUCACCCUGGUUUUCUCUGAAAAUUUUCUGCUGGGAAGGAAUUGCUUUUAAAUCUCUUCCAUAUGAAAAACUGUUGUGUUCUGCUGGCUGAAGCCCAGUGACAGAAAGGUUUCCUGAAAACCUCUUUGCAUCUUCUGUUUUUUUUCUUGGCAAAAAGAAGGAGGAGGAAUGAGAAGGAAAGUUCUUUUCUAAAAGACCUUGCAGAAAUCCCAAAAACAGGAAUCUUUGGGUUUGAUUCCCGCUCCAGCAGAAUUGUUUUGCUUUUACAUCAUCCUGACAAAAAGCUAAAAAUGUGGGACACACGUUUUUUAUUUUUUUUUUUUUUUGGUAAAAAAACCUGAAAGAACCAGCAGCCAACGCCCCUAUGGCUGGAAAUGGCAUUUUGUUGUCCAAAGCUCUGGUUGAGCAGCAGAUUUCUGCAAGCCACUCUGCCUUGGCUUGUGUCCUGCUGCCAUUCCAGCCUGGUCACUCCCUGCCACUGGUGCUUCCAUCCCAGCUCAGCCCUGCCAGUGCCCCACUGCCUUCCCUGCAGCUCCAGCAGCCCCUCUCAGUGGUGCAGGUCACAGCCCCAUCCCCAAGGUCACAGCCCCAGCCCCAAGGUCACAGUCCCAAAGUCACAGCCCCAUCCCCAGGGUCACAGUCCCAAAGUCACAGCCCCAGCCCCAAAAUCACAGCCCCAGCCCCAAGGUCACAGUCCCAGCCCCAGCCCCAAAAUCACAGCCCCAGCCCCAAGGUCACAGUCCCAAAAUCACAGCCCCAGCUCCAAAGUCACAGCCCCAUCCCCAGGGUCACAGUCCCAAAGUCACAGCCCCAGCCCCAAAAUCACAGCCCCAGCUCCAAAGUCACAGCCCCAUCCCCAGGGUCACAGUCCCAAAGUCACAGCCCCAGCCCCAGGGUCACAGUCCCAGCCCCAAAAUCACAGCCCCAGCCCCAAAAUCACAGUCCCAGCCCCAAAGUCACAGUCCCAGCCCCAGGGUCACAGCCCCAGCUCGAGGGGCACAGUCCCAGCUCACAGGUUUACAAUCCCAGCCCCAAGGUCACAGUCCCAGCCCCAGGGUCACAGUCCCAGCCCCAGGGUCACAGUCCCAGCCCCAGGGUCACAGUCCCAGCCCCAGGGGCACAGUCCCAGCUCACAGGUUUACAAUCCCAGCCCCAAGGUCACAGUCCCAGCUCAGGGGCACAGUCCCAGCCCCAGGGUCACAGUCCCAGCCCCAGGGGCACAGUCCCAGCUCACAGGUUUACAAUCCCAGCCCCAGGGGCACAGUCCCAGCUCAGGGGCACAGUCCCAGCUCACAGGUUUACAAUCCCAGCCCCAAGGUCACAGCCCCAGGUCAGGGGCACAGUCCCAGCUCACAGGUUUACAAUCCCAGCCCCAGGGGCACAGUUCCAGCUCACAGGUUUCCAGCCCCACUCAUGCUGCUGCCUGAGGCAUCCAGGAAGGAUUUUCCCUGUGCACAUCCUGGGGCUGCUGGUGGGUUUUGUGCAGGAGCAGGGAUGGUGGCACCACAGCUGCCCCUCCCAGCUCAGCUGCUGAGGCCCCACCCCUGUGAGGAACUGGUUUUACAAUUUGGGGCUGGGGAGAGCCAAGAGACCAGGGCAGAGCUGGGACACCAAAUGUGUUAGAUUUUGGGAAAGAUGGAGUGAUGCUAUGAGCUGUGCCAGGGUGAGCAGAGCCACAUCCCCCCUUCCACUGCUUCCCUUGACAGGCUGGUUGAGGGAGCAGCCCCCAGGAGGAUUUCUUGUGGAUUUAGAAAUGGCAAAAGGCUGCAGCUGGUGGUGGCAGCCCCCAGCUUGUCCCUGUGCUGAGCAGAGCUGAAGGUGCUGGCAGUGCCUAAAACCUCCCUGGUGCAGCAAUGCUGCAGGUUUGAGAAGGAGGAUGGUGUUGCUUGGCUGAAACCUCUUGAAAAAUCCCAUUGUGAGGUUCCCUCUUGUCCAUCCCCCCAAACUCUGAACCUGCCAACAGCUGCUGCUGGAGGAGAGGAGUUUUCAGGGGUGUGAGGGGUUACCUUCCCAAUUCCAGCAGAGAUGGGAGGUGCAGCUGCUGUCCCUGCAGAGGGAAUCAUGUCAGCCCCUGUUAGACACCAGAGAGUCUCUGCAGUGCCUGAAGGAAACCUGGUUCAUUGCUUCACUGCUCAUGGAACAGCUUUUUCCAUCUUGCCUCUGAACAAGAAAAAGGAAAAAACUUUUUUGUUUUUUCAGAGGAAAGCUCAACUUUCCGUCUUUCGGCUGCGUCGGCAAGACAAAAGGUUUUGGAAAAAAAAAUCCACAAAAAGCAGUUCAAAAAAAAAAAAAAAAAAAAGCAGAGCAGUUCCUUCCCCACCAGCAGCACCUCUUCCUCUUUUGGGCCAUUCUGAGAACAAACAAGGACAUGUACAAAAAUAGAAAAAUAAUAGGGAAAAGUCCUCGGAAAAGUGCAGCAACAGCUCUGGGAAUCUCCUGUUCAUGGCAGUGACUGAUUCCCACUGCCUUUAUAGAAUCAACACAGGAAUUAGGAAUUGUUAAACAUUAUUAAGUGUAAUAUUAGGUAUAAGAAUUACUAAUAAUUAGGUAAUUAGUUAAUAUUUAUUAUUAGGUAUCAGGAAUUACUGGUGGCACCAAACAGGGCAUAGAUGUCACCAUGGUCAGGAGUGAGUCUGCAUGUGAGCAAGGACAUUCCCCUCUGCAGCUGAAGCCAUAAAUGAGGGUGAAAAUGCCACCUGGGAUGACCCAGGAAGGAGUAAUUUUAAUGGGAAAUAUUGUGAAAAGCUUCAUCUGGCUGGAGAGCCAGGCUGGGGUGGGUGUGGUGCCCAUUGGCACCAGCAUCCCCCCAGCCCCAG